AUGGAGGCAGCUGCAGGGGCUGGAUCAAGGCGAGGAGGGAAUUGGAGGUGGGGAAGCUCUUCAGCUGUCACUGGCCUGGCAGGGCGAGCCCGGGACCCAAGUCCAGAUGCCAGCUUUCUCCUACCCUUGCCUCCCUGCAGGAAGUUUGAGUUUAACCCAAAGCUGGGCAUUGAUAAUCCUGUCCUCUCCCUGGCUGAAGACCUCGACCCUUCUGAUCCCUGGAGUCUGGACCGGCCUCGCUUCUGUCUGCUGAGCAAAGAGGAGGGCAAGAGUUUUGGUUUCCACCUGCAGCAGGAGCGGGGCAGGACAGGGCAUGUGGUGUGCAGGGUGGAGCCAGGCACCUCUGCCCAGCACCAGGGUCUUCGGGAAGGAGACCGGAUCCUGGGGGUGAACAACCACGUUGUGGAACAUGAAGACCAUUUGGUGGUGAUACGCCGCAUCCGGGCCAGCGGGCCUCGGGUGUUGCUGACAGUUUUGGCGAAGCAUGUGCAUGAUGUGGCCCGAGCUCAGCGGGGGAAUGGUGCCCAUCUCUGUCCUACUCUCGGCCCGGGGGUCCGGCCUCGACUGUGCCACAUAGUGAAAGACGAGGGUGGCUUUGGCUUCAGUGUCACCCAAGGACGUCGGGGUCCUUUCUGGUUGGUGCUGAGCACUGGAGGAGCAGCUGAGCGGGCAGGGGUGCCCCCUGGGGCCCGACUGCUAGAAGUGAAUGGGGUCAGUGUGGAGAAGUUGACACACAACCAGCUCAGCAAGAAGCUUUGGCAGAGUGGCAAGCAGGUGACCCUGCUGGUGGCAGGGCCAGAGGUGGAGGAACAGUGUCGCCAGCUGGGAAUGCCCCUGGCUGCACCCCUGGCAGAGGGCUGGGCACUGCCCAACAGACCCCGAUGCUUGCAUCUAGAGAAGGGGCCCCAGGGCUUCGGGUUCGUGCUCCGGGAGGAGAAGGGCCUGGACGGUCGCCUAGGUCAGUUCCUGUGGGAGGUGGACCCAGGAUUGCCAGCAGAGAAGGCUGGGAUGCAGGCUGGGGACCGGUUGGUGGCUGUGGCUGGGGAGAGCGUGGAGGGGCUGGGCCACGAGGAGACAGUGUCCAAGAUCCGUGCGCAGGGCUCCUCCGUCUCGCUCAUUGUCAUCGACCCCCAGGCUGACCGCUUCUUCAGAAUGGUUCGCUUGUCCCCGCUCCUUUUCUUGGAGAGCACAGAGACGCCUGACUCUCCCCAGGACAUCUGCUCAGCCUCUCUGGUUGAGACCGAGGCCCCACCAGUUGAAGACACAACAGUGGCCCCUGUCCCACUUGGAUUCCGCCAGUGCUUCCUGUACCCUGGGCCUGGUGGUGGCUAUGGCUUCAGACUCAGCUGUGUGGCCAGUGGGCCGCCUCAUCUCUUCAUCUCCCAGGUGACCUUGGGAGGCUCAGCUGCCCGGGCAGGGCUGCAAAUGGGAGAUGUGAUUCUAGAGGUGAACGGGCAUCCCGUGGAUGGAGAGAAUGACCUGGAAAGGCUUCAGCAGCUGGCCGAGGCGGAGCCACCUAUAUGCCUGAAGCUGGCGGCCAGGUCUCAGCAUGGCUUGGAAGCCUGGACUCCCCCAGGAUCUGGAGAGGACUGGGCUCUAGCCUCAGAUUUGCUCUAGCGCCCCCGGGCCUGGUGCAGGUCUGUCCAAGCUUCCCUGUCUUCACUCUCCAGCCUGGGUGGUAGGAGCUGAGAUGCUCUUUAAGCCAGAAGCUGCAGCUCUAGGACUCUGCAUACCUCUAAGCACAGGGAUUGCCCAGGGUCUCCCUCCCUUCCCAGGGCUCCCCCUCCCAGAAAAGGGUGUGGUCAGAGGUCUCAGGUGGGCCCUGAGGGAGCCUUCCCUUUGAUUCCAAAGGAAGUCAUGUGGAAGCCUUGGGAGCUGUGCCCCAAGGAUGAAGUUCUGCUUGAGACAGUGGCGUGAUUUUGUGACUUAGAACAAGAAACAGGCUUGGUCUUCAUGCCCUUUCCUUGCGCAGAGCUCAUAGAACCGUGGAUUUCUUAAGUAAUCAGAAGGAUAAAGGUGUCUUCUCUUAUUCAAAAUAAGCUCUUUUGAAUAAUAAAAACCAAACCUAGUUUUUAUUAAUGAGGUGACUUCUGGAAAGCACCUAAGGAUGGGGGCAGGGGACCCAAUCAUGGGAUUAGAGGAGUGGAAUUUUCGGCACCACCCUUCCUCCCACCCUCAGCCUCCUGGGAGGGGAGAGUGGCUUAAGGUUGAAUUAAUCACCAGUGAUCAGUGGAUGAAUGGAUCAUGCCUAUGUAAUGAAGCCUCCAUAAGCAACCCUAAAGGACAGGUUCAGGGUUGCUGAACAUGUGGAGGUGCUGGGAGGGUGGCGCACCUGGGGUGGGCGCGGAUCUUCUAUGCUCAUACCUGGCCCUGUGUAUCUCUUGCAUCUGGCUGUUCCUGAGGUGUGUUCUUUAUAUUAAACUCAUAAUCUAGUAAGUAAA